CUGCGCAGAAGGGUCACGUGGUGGCUGGGCCGGGGAAAUGGCGGCUUCAGGAGAGAGUGGGGCUUCGGCCGGCGGAGGCAGCACAGAGGAAGCUUUUAUGACCUUCUACAGCGAGGUGAAACAAAUAGAGAAGAGAGAUUCAGUUCUUACGUCCAAAAAUCAGAUCGAAAGGUUGACGCGUCCUGGUUCCUCUUACUUCAAUUUGAAUCCAUUUGAGGUUCUUCAGAUAGAUCCUGAAGUGACAGAUGAAGAAAUAAAAAAGAGAUUUCGGCAGUUAUCCAUAUUGGUGCAUCCUGACAAAAAUCAAGAUGAUGCUGACAGAGCACAAAAGGCUUUUGAAGCUGUGGACAAAGCUUACAAGUUGCUACUGGAUCAGGAGCAAAAGAAGAGGGCCCUGGAUGUAAUUCAGGCAGGAAAAGAAUACGUGGAACACACUGUGAAAGAACGAAAAAAACAGUUAAAGAAGGAAGGAAAACCUACAAAUGUAGAGGAGGAUGAUCCUGAGCUGUUCAAACAAGCAGUAUAUAAACAGACCAUGAAACUCUUUGCUGAGCUGGAAAUUAAAAGGAAAGAAAGAGAAGCCAAAGAGAUGCAUGAAAGGAAACGACAACGGGAAGAAGAGAUUGAAGCUCAAGAAAAAGCCAAACGCGAGCGGGAGUGGCAGAAAAACUUCGAGGAAAGUCGAGAUGGGCGCGUGGACAGCUGGCGGAACUUCCAAGCAAAUACAAAGGGGAAGAAAGAGAAGAAGAACCGGACCUUCCUGAGACCACCGAAAGUAAAAAUGGAGCAGCGUGAGUGACCGCCCGGGGUCACAGCACGGAACCUUCCCCCAGCCUCUCCCUCCCUGCUUUGAAGGACUCGUUCUUUCCUCCACUUCCACCCCAACAUAGAGUAGUAUUUGCUUUUUAGUUCAUUUUGUUUUCAAUACAAUUUAAUAUCGAUCAGAGUAAUUCUUUUGUACAUUGAAAUGAGGGGCUCAGUUUAAACAAAGACCUUCUCUCCCACCCCCACCCUAGAACAACCAGGACUGGAAGGUGCCACCCUGGGUGCUACCUUCUCCCCCACAGCCUGUAACUUAAUGUUUUGUACUUCACUGCGUGUGAUGGAUGUGAUGGUUAGAAACCUGUGUGUAGUUUGUGGAGAUCAUCCCAUUAAACAUCUUGCUUACAGUGGUGUCGCCGUGACUUCAGAGACGAGCCUGGGCCACCGCAGGAAGCCCCCUUGCUUCAGUCGCUUGCUUCCGGGUGUGCCAUCCUCCGAAGCCCAGGUCACAGGAAGGCAGAGUGGGCAGAGAGAGCAGUUACACUCGUGCCCUGAUGCCCCCUACCCCCGCCUGGUGUUUGGCACCUGUCCCCCUGUCUGCCCGACCAAUCAGUGUGGCAUGAGACUAAGCCACCUAAACCUGUUCACUUUCCAAAGAGCUAGCCAGCCUCCAUCCAGUCCCAUCGUCUCCUAGCCUGUCUGCAUUCGUUAGUGGUAAGAUUCUUUAUGUAUAAUAAAGUUUUCUACUGAGAUCGUU